GAGAAAGAGAGCGAGCGAGCCGGAGGGAGAGCUUAGAGCCAGGCGCAAGAGAAGGGCCAGCGCAUUACAUCAUCGCUUGGCCUGGAAUCAAAUGGGAAGGAUAUGACUCACUCAGGCUAGUUAAGCUUUGGCUCAAAUUCUACACACACUCAUUCCAGAGCUCUCAUGUUCUGCACCUCAGGAGGGAAUUCAGCCUCAGUGAUGUCCAUGAGGCCUGUUCCAGGCUCUCUAUCUUCUCUGCUACAUCUCCACAACAGACAGAGACAGCCCAUGCCAGCCUCCAUGCCCGGGACCCUGCCUAACCCCACGAUGCCGGGAUCCUCUGCUGUCUUGAUGCCAAUGGAGAGACAAAUGUCAGUGAACUCCAACCUCCUGGGAAUGCAAGGUCCAAAUCUCAGCAACCCCUGUGCUUCACCUCAAGUCCAGCCAAUGCAUUCAGAAGCCAAAAUGAGGUUGAAGGCCGCCUUGACUCAUCACCCCGCUGCCAUGUCAAAUGGGAAUAUGAACACCAUGGGACACAUGAUGGACAUGAUGGGCUCCCGGCAGGACCAGACACCACACCAUCACAUGCACUCGCACCCGCAUCAGCACCAGACACUGCCAGCCCAUCACCCCUACCCGCACCAGCACCAGCACCCAGCGCACCAUCCUCAUCCGCAGCCCCAUCACCAGCAGAACCACCCACAUCAUCACUCCCACUCCCACCUUCAUGCACACCCAGCACAUCACCAGACCUCGCCACACCCACCCCUGCACUCCGGCAACCAAGCACAGGUUUCACCAGCCACACAACAGAUGCAGCCAACCCAGACAAUACAGCCACCCCAGCCCACAGGGGGGCGUCGGCGGAGGGUGGUGGAUGAGGAUCCUGACGAGAGGCGGAGGAAAUUUCUGGAACGGAACCGGGCAGCUGCCACUCGCUGCAGACAGAAGAGGAAGGUCUGGGUGAUGUCACUGGAAAAGAAAGCAGAAGAACUCACCCAGACAAACAUGCAACUUCAGAAUGAAGUGUCUAUGUUGAAAAACGAGGUGGCACAGCUGAAACAAUUGUUGUUAACGCAUAAAGACUGUCCAAUAACAGCCAUGCAGAAAGAAUCACAAGGAUAUCUAAGUCCAGAGAGUAGCCCGCCUGCGAGCCCCGUCCCUGCUUGCUCUCAGCAGCAAGUCAUCCAACAUAACACCAUCACUACUUCCUCGGCAGUCAGCGAGGUGGUAGGAAGCUCCACCCUCAGUCAGCUCACCACCCACAGAACAGACCUGAAUCCGAUUCUUUAAAAUCCACGGGUCAGACCUUGCCUCCAAGAAGAGCUGUCGCGUACCAUGCGUCCUUUCUUUUAAGGGCAUUUUUAGAAUUAACUCAGAUCUGGAAGACUCCUCAGCCCUUCAAAGACUGGCUUUCAUUUUUAUAGUUAUUAUGGAAAUGUUGUCUUUUAUACUUGGUUAUAUAAGAAAAAAGGGAGUUAUGCAAUUAAUAGCUAUCAGCUUGGGAAAUGCUUUGGUGCUUUUCUCCAAUUUUCUGGUACCACUUACUUGUUUAUAAACUGAACUUUCUGUAUAUAGUCAUGGUUUCAUUCUUAUCAGUCCAACCCUUUGCCUGAAACAUUGACUCUUGUUAAACCGCAGCUUUUAGCCAAAAUGAGGCAUACCUAGAUGUCAAGUAAACAGAUCCAAGGUAACUGGGUGAGAAAUUGAAGGCAUCAUAACACGCGUUGAGUGUGUGCUGUGAUGUCACCAGAAUCCCAGAUAAUCACAGAGCCUUUUCCCCUCUUAUUAUAAAAGAUUAUAAGAUCCACUGAUGUCCAAAUAGAACCACCAAACAUCUCACCACCUCUCCUCCUCCUCUCGGGCCACCUUCUCCAUGUCCAGUUCCACUCUCCAUUUCCUCUUUUUCUUGGACUCCCUGUUUACUCUUCAGUAGAACUUUCUUUUGUCUUAUUUUACCCCAUUAGCAUUGCAUGUCAAGAAGAAAAUAAUGUUUA